AUGGAAUUCACCUCUUUUUCAUGGGAAAUCAAUUCCAUUGAAUACCCACCCAUACCACAAGAAUGCUUUUUCCAUGAUUUCUUCUCCAUCAUCUUCAGUUUCACCAAAGAAUUGAUCCAAAUUACCCAGCCCGCAGACCAAACCUCUGACUUUGACUUUUCGUCUUCUACAACUACGACUGCCAAUGAAGCUUUCUUGGUUCCCUUCCAUGUCCUGUGUAAUCGUAACGGUGAAAACACCGCAUUUUUACAUGAAAUCUUCUCUUCGGUGCCUAUAUCCUCUCAGUUAUUGGACCAAAUUUUACCUGACAUGGGUGAAACCGCAAGAACAAUUCUAAGUCGUGAAGGGCGUGAAUCCGGCAUGCCAGAGAUUACUGUGAACCUUUAUGUUACGACGCACAUUGUUGUGGAAGAUUCUGAUUUCUACAAUGAUGAUCUCCGUCAAGAUGUUCCUGAACUAGCCCGACUCGUGAAUCUGUUGGAGAGACCCAAAAUUGAUAAGCGAGAUGAUGAUGCUGAAGAAUGCAGUAUUUGCUUGGAAGAGUUUGGACAUGGUAUUGAAGAUUCGAGUGUAGAAGUUGUUCGCACAAGUUGCUCGCAUGUUUUUCACGAACGCUGCAUGUUCCGUUGGCUCCGACGUUGUGCCGACCAUCAAUCGCCGUAUUCUUGCCCAUUGUGCCGCUGCAUCAUAUUUCCAACUUCACAGAGAGAUGAAUAG